AUGCGGACAUCUUUUAUUCUUCUUAUACUGCGGAAAUCUUUUAUUUUUCUUAUACUGCAGACAAAUUUUAUUUUCUUAUACUAUGAACAUCAUUUUUCUUAUACUGUGGGCAUCUUUUAUUUUCUUAAACUACGGAGAUCUUUUUUCAUAAACUACAGACAUCUUUUUUGUCUUAUACUAGCAUUCAUUGUACGCUUGAAUCUUCCCCUCUUUUUAUUUUUAUUUUGUUUUUGUAUAAUACAAACUUAUACAGUAUUCGUUCUCUCUUUCUUCCACAACGUUUUCCAUGCAUCCACAGCGCACGCGCAUAUAUUCCCUCCUCCACACGCUGAUUGUUCCAUACUGCUUUCCUUAGGAGAAUUAUCCGAUCAUUUCUAUCUAUCUAUCUAUCUAUCUAUCUAUCUAUCUAUCUAUCUAUCUAUCUAUUUAUCUAUCUAUCUAUCUUUCUAUUUAUCUAUCUAUCUAUCUAUCUAUCUAUCUAUCUAUCUAUCUAUCUAUCUAACUCUUUCUUUUUAUCUAUCUAUCUAUCUAUCUAUCUAUCUAUCUAUCUAUCUAUCUAUCUAUCUAUCUAAGUCUCUUUCUUUUUUUAUCUAUCUAUCUAUCUAUCUAUCUAUCUAUCUAUCUAUCUAUCUAUGCAAUCCAGUUUUAAUGUUAAAGUCAUUUUUUCAUCUGCCAACAGGCCACAAUAAUGCAGCACAACGGACCACAAAGUCAAACCUUUAG